CCUUGACUUGCUUCGAACAGGCAGCAGAUGGAGUUGAAAGAGCAAAUGAUUGACCACGACACUGAGGACUGGCAGAGUAAUGAAGUCUUCGAAGGUUUAGAACGCAUUGGUGGUGUGGAUUUAUCUUACAUCAAGGGAGAUGAAGUCAAUGCUUGUGCCUCAUUAGUAGUUCUCAGUUAUCCAGAUCUUAAGGUUAUCUAUGAGGAAUGCCAGAUGGUUUGUCUGACUGCUCCUUACAUCCCAGGCUUUCUGGCAUUUCGGGAGACACCUUUCCUGGAAGAAGCUUUGAGAAGACUACAACAGAAGGACCCCAAUCUUCUUCCUCAGGUUAUUUUUGCAGAUGGAAAUGGAAUUUUGCAUCACCGAGGUAAGCAGCACACUUUUUAUCAAUAUGUAUUAGUUGUACUGUGUACUGUGUUGAUUAUUUUAUGUUUAUCCAUCUGAACAUUAACCCUACCAGUUUCAACCAUUAUUAUAUAAGUUUUAAACAAAUUUCAUCUCUAAAGUUCUUUUCACAGUUACAAUUGGGUUUUUUUCAAAUAUGAGCAUGUUGGAGCCUGUGUGAAUGUCACAUUCAUGUACUGUGUCUGUAAAAUAUGAGGUGUUAUCCUAUUAAUUUAAAAACUAAUAAUGGCAUUUUCAACCAAGCUUGCCAAUGUGCUUCCAUUAGUCACUACAUGCUGGGGCUCAUCAAUCUGUUUCAGUGCCUUUAAUCAGUUCUUAUUUCAGAACAGUAAUGAGACGAUCUCCCAUAAUCUCACUUACUGAUACUGCAGAGCCUGCAGUCCAGUUCUGUUGUUUACAGCAGUCUUCCUCAGAGAUUCCAGAAUACCUACUGUGCUUUGCAGCAGCACACCCAUAUGGCUUUCAGUCAGAUACAGUUGAUGUUUCCUUGCCUGAUUUUGAGCUCAACAAUGGGUGGAUGUGAAAAAGUGGGAGGAGUCAGUACUUGUUAUACAGAGACUGACCUCACUUCCAGGUUAAUCUUUCGUGAGCCAGCUGUGUGGUCCUACUUCUAGAAGGAACAUCAGGGCAGCUCCAAAAUAGAUCAUUGCACAUUAAU